AGGGGACUACACCGUCGAGCUCUACAGCAAGGCUCUCGAGCCGCCGACUGCCAAGGACGAGGUGCACCUCAACCACCUCAGGCACACUCUCGUUGGCCUCUCCACUGCUUGGAACAAGCUGCAUCCCGACGACAGGAUUGACGCCGACUUCAAGGUCCGAGGCGCCUCGGCGGCAGCGGCGCCUGCGCCUGCCGCGCCGGCCGGCAAGCUGGCGCUGGGCAGUCGGGGGGCGCAGCGGCAGAGGCGCCAGAAGGACGCCAACAGCACUGAGGAGUGCCAGGCGUGGUGCCGCAGCGGCAAGCGCGCCAAGCAGCACGUGUGCAGCUACGCGCGCUGCUCCGCCUGCCCGAUGUGCGCCUCGCGGGGUGGCAGCCAGGCCGCCGGCAAAGCCCACCGCCCCUCGCCGGCGAGCGCAAACGUGCCCGUCGACACGGACGCCCCCUUCCGGGAGGCGCCCAGGAGGCACAAGCCGGCCAAGGCGUCCAGGAGGCCCGCGAAGUCCAAACCGCAGGAGGACAUGGUCGGAGCCGAGGACGGCUCCGCACGGGAUGGGGAGGAGGAGGAGGAGUAUGAAGAGGAGGAGGAGGAGGAGGAGGAGGCGCCCAGGAGGCACAAGCCGGCCAAGGCGUCCAGGAGGCCCGCGAAGUCCAAACCGCAGGAGGACAUGGUCGGAGCCGAGGACGCAGGGGACACUCCAUGAUGUUGGGUGGUUCCACGUGCUGUCAGGACGACGGCGACGACGUGAUCGGCGCCUCCGAGUGAGCCCAGCGCACGACCCUCCGCGCGGCGCUCCCCCGCGCGGCCGGCCGGGCGUGCCCAGGGGACAGCCCGCUGCAGGCAUCGGGGCCCAGGGUGUCGCAUGCCUGGGGUUGGCUCUCGCCGCGCCGUGCGUGUGUAUGUGUCCAGGGGUAGGCGGCGGCAGCCUUGGCCAGUGCGCCGCUGCGCCGCGGUGUGGGGCGAGCGUGGAAAAGGCCGCUGCCGCGUUGCAGCUCCUCCUGCCGCUUUUUGACGUUGAUCGGACUUCCUCCACGCGGCACGCAUC